AUGUCAACUGAAGCUCUCCCCAUAACCCCAGGAGCCUUUGCUGAAGCAAUCAAAGAGCUCCCCAUCGCAGUCCUCUACAGCAAAGUCUCCGAGCUCACAAACUCCAUCGCACACCUGCACCGCUCGAAUGCUGAGCUCCGUGCAUUCUUAACAGAAAGCAACGACUCAGAAGAAGAAAAGAAGGAGCUGGAGGGGUAUGUCGCUGAAAAUGAGGGCGUGGCAGUUUCCAUGAAUGAACGGAUCGCGUUACUGAAAACCGAGGUCGAGAAUCGUGGACAGCCUUGGAUUGAGCUUGAUGAGCUUAAGAUCGACAAGGGACAAGACGCUUUGACAGAUGUGCCAAUGACAAAUGGAAAUGGGACUGAGAUUGGGACUGAGCCUGCGGCCGGUGCAGGACAGGAGUCCAACGAUCGGGAGGAUGGGGAUGGGGUCUAUCUGUGA